AUGGCGGCGAAUUUGACGGCGGGAGUGGUUACGAAAAUGUUGAGUGGACAAGUGAGGAGUGAGAUGGACAUGAUGCCGAUUCUACAAUUGACGGAUCUGAAGAUGGUUCUAGCGAGGAUUCAAGGACCAAAUCAAAAUCCGGAAGCAGGCAGAGAGAGAUAUCGGAUUGCGCUAUCCGACGGGACCAGCACGAUAGAAGGAAUAUUCAACAGUCCCUUGAACGUUCUCGUGAAACAAGGGGAUAUUCAAGUUGGGACGAUUUUGAGGCUCACUGUUUUCGUCUGCAACGAAGUUCAGAACAAAAGGCUUGUUUUAGUCUCGCAUGUGGAUGUUAUCGCGGAGAGACUCGAUACUAUUGGAAAUGUACAAAUGACGAGGCCUAAUGAUCCUGCGCAAACCUCGAUUGACCAACGUGGUGGAGCCGUCGCUGUAAACACGCAACGCGUUGGUGGUUUUGAGCAGGAACAGGCUAUAAAGAAUGAAAUGAUUGGUGGCCGUCAAAGUAACGACUUUAACACUGGGAGAUUUGGUGCUGCCAAUUCACCUCAACCUCAAGUUAGUCAAAGACCGGCGUAUGGUGCUGCUUCCGGUUCCGGUUUCCCGGAAACAUCACCUUCCGCUAGACCAUACGGGAGCGCAAAUGCAGGCUAUGGAAGCUCUAGGCCGGAGCAAACAUCACCGUCCACUAGACCAUAUGGGAGCUCAAAUGCAGGUUAUGGAAGCUCUAGGCAGGAGCAAACACCACCGGCCAAUAGACCAUAUGGGAGCUCAAAUGCAGGCUAUGGAAGCUCUAGGCAAGAGCAAUUUCGGGCUCCGGCUCCUCAAACCGCUUAUCCUCGUCCAGUUCAGUCAGGUUAUCAUCAGCCUCAACCACCAUCGAUGUAUGGUAACAGUGGACCAGUGGCUAGGAACGAAGCUCCUCCGAGGGCAAUUCCAAUCUCUGCUCUUAAUCCUUACCAGGGUCGGUGGACAAUUAAGGUUAGGGUGACGAGUAAGGGAGAGCUCAGGCGUUUUAAUAGUACACGUGGGGAUGGGAAAGUGUUCAGCUUUGAUCUCGUUGAUGCUGACGGUGGAGAGAUUCGGGUGACUUGUUUUAAUGAGGUGGUUGAUCAGUUCUUUGACCAGAUUGUAGUUGGUAAUGUUUAUCUGAUUACAAAGGGAAGUUUGAAGCCUGCUCGGAAGGAAUAUAAUCAUCUUCCCAAUGAUUAUGAGAUACAUUUGGACAAUGCGUCAACGAUACAGCAAUGCUAUGAGGAUGAUGCUGCCAUUCCGCGGAACAAGUUCCAUUUCCGUAACAUUGGCGACGUUGAGCAAAUGGAGAGCAAUAGCAUCACUGAUCUUAUUGGUAUCGUGUCGUCCAUCAGCCCCACAGGGACGAUUAUGCGGAAAAACGGAACUGAAGCACAGAAGAGAGCACUUCAGCUGAAGGAUAUGUCAGGUCGAAGUGUUGAGGUAACCAUGUGGGGUAAUUUCUGCAGCGCAGAAGGACAGAGAUUGCAGAGCCUUUGUGAUUCUGGGGUGUUCCCGGUUCUUGCUGUGAAGGCCGGAAGGAUCAGUGAGUUUAAUGGGAAGCAAGUGAGCACCAUUGGAUCAAGUCAGUUAUUCAUAGAGCCAGACCUCCCUGAAGCAAGAGAAUUGAGGGAAUGGUAUGAGAGAGUAGGACGGAAUGCUCCUUGUGUCUCGAUAUCUAGAGAGUUUUCCGGCGCUGGGAGACAAGAGGUUCGCAAGUUUAUCACUGAGAUCAAGGACGAGAAGCUAGGGACCUCAGAGAAGCCGGAUUGGAUCACAGUCAGUGCCACUAUUUCAUUCAUGAAGAUUGAGAAUUUCUGCUACACGGCUUGUCCUAUCAUGAUUGGAGAUCGUCCAUGCAGCAAAAAGGUGACGAAUAACGGAGAUGGGACAUGGCGGUGCGAGAGAUGUGACAAAUGUUCGAAUGACUGUGACUACAGGUAUAUAUUGCAGCUCCAGUUACAGGACCACACAGGCGUAACCUGGGCCACAGCGUUUCAGGAAGCUGGCGAGGAGAUAAUGGGACUGCCUGCAAGAGAUCUGUAUUAUAUAAAGAAUGAAGAUCAAGAUGAGGAGAAAUUCGAAGGCAUCAUCCGUAGCGUUACCUUCACCAAGUUCAUUUUCAAGCUGAAGAUUAAAGAAGAAACUUAUAGCGACGAGCAACGUGUUAAGGCAACAGUUGUGAAAGCUGAGAAGCUGAACUAUUCUUCAGAUACCAGGUCCAUGCUACAGGCAAUGGAUAAACUCAGAGCAGAAGAUGCAAACCCGGAAAGCUCCAACUACAGGUCUGAUGCGUUUAACUCUGGUAUUGGAACCUCGGGAACUAGAGAGACCUUAUCGGUGGACGCACGCAGAGAAUUUGGGUUACCUGCAGCGAACCAAGUGGGGCAAAAUGGAAAUCAUUACAGUAGCGGUGCACAAAGACCUCUUGGUGGUGUUACGACCUGUGGCUUAUGUGGGGGCAGUGGUCAUGUUUCUGAAAACUGCCCAACACUUAUGAGUGAGCCACAAGGACAAUACAUGAGUGGCACUCCGGGAAGAUACACUGGAGGAGGCAUGCCAAGGCAACGUGUUGGCAACUACUGA